AUGUAUCUCAGCCUAAAUUUGAUUUUAAACGGUUUUGCCGUUCUUCAGGGUCUAAUAUCGUUGAUCGACGCCAGUCCAAUUAGCGACGAAUUUCCCAAACGUGAGUGAAAAAGAGAAUGUCACGAUCGUUGAAUUAUCUCUGCUAACGUUACAACACCAUUGAGAAAACUUCGUGCAUCUAACACAGUUCCUGGAGACGAAAUUAUAUUAGUAAUGAAUACAUAUAUUUUUUCAACCAAAUUAUUUUCGCAGCGAAUGGCCUGUUAGAAAAUUAUUAUGAUCCGAUACUAUUCAUAAGUAAUGAAUACAUAUAUUUUUUCAACCACCAAGCUUUUUCAACCAAACUAUUUUCGCAGCGAAUAGCCUGUUAGAAUAUUAUUAUGAUCAGAUUUAUAUGAUUACAAUUCUAAAGUCGACAAAUUAAGCUGUGUCGUUUGAGGUAAAUGAUACUUUAAAAUAUUGGAUGUCUUUCUCUUUAAAAGGGCUAAAUUGAAAAAAAUUGGUUUCGACUAGACAUUCGUUUUUUUUCUGUUAAAUAUAACUUGGAAAACCAUUCUGUUUUUUCUCAUAGACUAAAAUUACGUAUCCUUUUCUAAUAUGGUCAUAGGCUUCCAAAGUAACGAUUGGACAAUAACGAAUUCUGUUGGUUUGUAGAAUAUUUCUCCGUUGUGUUUUUAUUAUAGUAUAAACUGAGGUAAAAAAUGGUUAAAAAAAAAAGAGUAAAAAAGAUUUUUUCCUCUAAAAGGAGGCAGUCUGCCCUUGCGAGUUGUUAAGGUGUUAUGCAAAUAACAUGUAAAGGGGAGGAGCGAGAAAAGUUGAAAUAAAUUUUAUCAUAGUUGACUGCCAUAUUUUAAAAGGAAUUUCAAAGAGAGACCAUCUUAAGUCGUGCUGGGGUAAGAAGUAGAAAAUAAUUAUUACGAUCCCAAAACUACGAAAAAGAUUACAUCCAAAAAUUCCUAUUUUUUCUGCUCUUUAAGAUUGCCCAGUUUUCAAUUUUGAGCAUGGCGCUGAUGAUUGGUUCAAACAAGGUAGUGCGUUUAUCCACCAGCCAAUAUUUGGGGGAUCUUCUCUCUCUGGCCACCAAGGAAACUGGUUGAUUGACACUCAGAGAAAUGUCACAACGCCCUGCCAAUGGCAAAAUUCCUCACUUGGAAAACAGGCAACAGGAACGAUGAUGUCGCCGCCCUUUCUCAUCAGAAGCCCUUCGUUAUCUUUUUUGAUUGGUGGUAAAGACAGACAUAAGUCUAAUAAGCCUUUCAUCCAGUUAAUUAGAUGCUACAUCAUCAUGCUUUUAACUAUGUAUUCCUCUUUCGUGUAGGGGGUUGUGAUAUCCAAACAGUUCGCAUGGAAAUUGUGGUCAAUGAUAGCACAGUAAUAUCGAGGACUGGUAAUUGUCUAACACAGCUCAAAAGAACCAAGGUGGAUCUUAAACAAUUUGUUGGGAGCAUUGCAAGGGUGAAACUGGUAGAUAAAGGCACCGAAAACUGGGGUUAUAUCGCUUUUGAUGACCUAAGACACGGAACAACUUGUAAAGGUAUUUUCAACCUAAUUUAGAUAUUUCUCGUAAGAGUUCCAGUUGUUAAAGCCUCUAAAAUAUAACUUGAAGAUACUUUCCCUGGACUUGAUUGCGCUCAUUUAUUUUAACUAUCCUCAAGAAGAUUAAUCAAGUUACUUUGCUACAACUUGUUUCUCUUUCACCACAGCUCUAAGUCCUUGCAGCGAGGAACAAAAACCUCUUUGCCAAACACAAGAAAUACAAGACAAUACAGAUUACACUUGUACCUGUAACCAGCCGUUACCAAACCUUCCAACGUGUCAAAACAACGACAACGACAACAACAACUGCAACAUUACCCACGGCACUUGCAGCUUUUAUUGCAAUAACACCCAAAGCAAUUGCCAAUGUCGCCAAUGCACUUGUGUCGGGGGUUACACGUUCAACAAAAGCAAUCAAUCAUGCCAUGACAUUGAUGAAUGUCAACUUGGAACACAUGAUUGUCAACACACGUGUAUCAACACAGAUGGAGGUUACCAAUGCUCGUGUUUGAACGGUUACCAACUCAACGGGGACGGAAAAUCAUGCAGGGACAACAACGAAUGCAGCGCUAACAACGGUGGGUGCGACCACGUGUGUGUGAACAAGAUAGGCAGCUUUUAUUGCGUGUGCAACCAGGGCUGGUCUGCAAACAAAUUUAAAUGCGUGGAUAUUGACGAGUGUCAGGGUCAUAAUUUAUGUGAGCAUAUAUGCGUGAACACUCCAGGAAGCUUUCGUUGUGACUGUCGUUCAGGUUACACUCGCUCUUCCGACGGAAAUAACUGUCAAGAUAUUGAUGAGUGCUCAAUAAGCAACGGUGGCUGCCAAGUCUAUUGCGCAAACUCACCUGGAAGUUUUAAAUGUUCGUGUGAACACGGUUUUCAAAUAGCGAACAAUGGAAAGACGUGCGUGGAUGUAGACGAAUGUAGCAGCGGACGCUCGGGAUGUCAGCAAGUGUGUGUUAACACCCCUGGUAGUUUUAAUUGCUCGUGUUUACGAGGCUAUGAGCUACAAGCAGAUCAAAGAUCUUGUAAGGACAUUAAUGAGUGUCAGCUGAACGAGCACGGCUGCCAACAGCUGUGUAACAAUUAUCAAGGGGGGUAUAACUGUUCGUGCCUCCUCGGUUACCAACUUUCUCUUGAUGGCAAAAAUUGCUCGGAUAUCGACGAAUGUCUGCAAGACAACGGAGAAUGUUCUCAGGUAUGUGUUAAUACCCCCGGGAGUUACGACUGUCUUUGCAGGAAAGGCUACCAAAGGACUUUAGACGAACAUUAUUGCAAUAAAAGCCUCGGUUGUAGCAUGAACGGCUCAUGUACUGAAUGUUCUGAGACGAAUUGUGAAGACAUAGACGAGUGCGAGAACAUUACCAUUUGCGAGCACAAGUGCGAUAAUACAGAUGGAAGUUACCGCUGCUCUUGCCAUGAUGGUUACAGGCUCGCAAGCGAUUUGAGGGUUUGUGAAGAUGUGGACGAAUGUCUGCAGAGUUCCAGUAUGGAUUGCGUCAGUUGCACAAAUACGCUUGGAGGCUUUCACUGUUCCUGUGCGACUGGGUAUUCGUUUAACAAAGAAAUUAAAAAGUGUGAAGGUGAGAUACAGCUAGGCACUUAGAGCCAGUUAUGUCUUAGGCUGCAGUUUUAAACAAUCAAUGUUUUGUGAAAAAUUAAUGUAUUCCCAGUACGGACUAUAAGUUCUCUUACAGUAUUAAGCGUUUAAGAAAGCUUUCGGCAAAUUUGAAAGGUUUUUUAACGAGGUUUCAUUACUUCCCUAAUAAUAAUAAUGUAUGGUGCAAUGUUCUUCUCAUGCUUGGUAAACACCAAAGUAUGGAGAACUUUGCAAUCCCUAACAGCCAGAAAUUAGAAUCUGGAUAAUUUCGCUUUCCUAACUCAACUAAUACAGGCGUUUGUAAUUCCUAAGAGUUACUGAAUGGGUCUUCAUCUGGUAAACGCACCGCAGGGAAGCCGCUGAGAAGGUUUAAAGAGUCUGACAAAUCGCUCUCAGCUCAUGAUCAUUAGAUGGGAAGAAACGCCACAGUGUGACUGAGGUCACCUUAGCUAAACCAUUGAUCAACGGUAGAUAAGGGGUUGAAGAAAGUAAUAUACAAUCAUCCCGUAAUCACUAAGACCCAAAACCUUCUUAGUUUCACUAAAUUGUGAAGAUGUGGACGAAUGUCUGCAGAGUUCCAGUAUGGAUUGCGUCAGUUGCACAAAUACGCUUGGAGGCUUUCACUGUUCCUGUGCGACUGGGUAUUCGUUUAACAAAGAAAUUAAAAAGUGUGAAGGUGAGAUACAGCUAGGCACUUAGAGCCAGUUAUGUCUUAGGCUGCAGUUUUAAACAAUCAAUGUUUUGUGAAAAAUUAAUGUAUUCCCAGUACGGACUAUAAGUUCUCUUACAGUAUUAAGCGUUUAAGAAAGCUUUCGGCAAAUUUGAAAGGUUUUUUAACGAGGUUUCAUUACUUCCCUAAUAAUAAUAAUGUAUGGUGCAAUGUUCUUCUCAUGCUUGGUAAACACCAAAGUAUGGAGAACUUUGCAAUCCUUAACAGCCAGAAAUUAGAAUCUGGAUAAUUUCGCUUUCCUCACUCAACUAAUACAGGCGUUUGUAAUUCCUAAGUGUUACUGAAUGGGUCUUCAUCUGGUAAACGCACCGCAGGGAAGCCGCUGAGAAGGUUUAAAGAGUCUGACAAAUCGCUCUCAGCUCAUGAUCAUUAGAUGGGAAGAAACGCCACAGUGUGACUGAGGUCACCCUAGCUAAACCAUUGAUCAACGGUAGAUAAGGGGUUGAAGAAAGUAAUAUACAAUCAUCCCGUAAUCACUAAGACCCAAAACCUUCUUAGUUUCACUAAAUCUUUUCUUGUUUGCGAAUAAAUCGUGAGUGACAAACGUGCUUUAUGGUUACCUGACAGAGAGAAAGCCGUUAAGUACGACACUUGCUGAGGGAAAGAAAAAAAUAGCGGUAAGAAAUUUGCUUCUGCUUACCAUUUUGAAGAGCAGGAAAGUUAUAAUCUAAAGCCGAAACUUAUUGACAAUAUGCACAUGUGGAUGUCGUAAAAGAAAGGUCGAUUCCUACCUAGAGGAAAUAGACUGUUAAGGUAAAAAUACGUAAAUUAUCAGCCCCAAAAACCAAAAACAAGGGCAUGACAGUUCUUCGCCACUAAUUGUAUAAACAAAAGUAUCAAAUACACUAAGGAACCAUAUACGUUGUAUCACUGACAUUCUGCUAGAGCGCUUUGAAUUGUAUGUCGUUCAACCAAACCAAAAGUAAUCACAAAGAAUGGUCAAUCAAAACUGUGGCAAGUACAAAAAAGAAUCAGAAGGAACUCAAGAUAGCAACAUGACGAGCCAUAGUGUUGAUAGUGGAAGAUUAAAAUUUAUUCUGCUUUAAAAUCCAGUUUCAGUUUGAAAUUUAAUAAGCUAUUUCAUGAUGAAAUGAUCCACAGCAAGCUGCAGACGUCGCCACUGUUAUUGCAGCAACAAAUCACAUGGCAGAGGAAGUGAACGGUUUAAAGAAAAUGAGCAGUGAAGAACUGACGGAAACGGUUGAUGUACUGGAUAAUGUCAAAAAUAAGAUAGAGAAUCUGAACACCAGUAAACAAGAGGCCGAGAGGCUGAUGGCGGUAAGGAAGCGACAUGAUCUUAGAUGUUUCAUUAUAUAUUUAUAAGUUAAAGGUGAGGUUUCCUGCACCGUUUUGGAAAUAUCAUAUAUUUGAACCCUUUUGUACAACUUUAAUCUCCAAUACUCGCUGAAAUCCUAACACAUAAAGAAAGGUCUCUUGUAUCACGACUCUUCCAACAACUACCACUUUCAAGAUUUCCCCUUAUUCUUCAAAAGAUGCAAAAACGCUGCUCACCGCGCUAGACUGCGAGUUUCAACCCCUUCAAUGUGUUUCGUUCUCAGGUAAGAAACGUAGCUCUCCUAAUAUCUUUCUCCAUAAAAGAAUAUAAUUAAUUACCAAUGCAAUAAAAUUUCAAAGAAUAUUAACGCGAUGAAUUCAUUUCCCUUCCAGGGGACUUAAAUUUGUUUUUAUGUACAAUUAAUAAUUUUAAAAACUACGUUCAGACAGUUGGAUUUAACUAUUUUCCAAAUAUUUCUUGUGUUGCAGGGAGUUAGCGCGAUGGUUAGUUCAAUGAUGAACAAUGACAACAAAUUAUCAUGGCAACAACUCAACGAAAAUAAGGUAACCCUUCGCCUCCUGCUCAGUGGUAGAGCAUCGGAGAGCGAAAUUCAAAGGUCUGAGGUUUUAUUCCUCGUAGGAUUCGGAAUUUUUCUAUGUCCCACGCUCGUGACAUUUCUCUCUGCUAAAAUAUUUUACCUUGUGCCACAGGGAACCCUACCAACCACAGUCAUUUCAAACGUUGUAGAGAACGUGGUACCUGCAAUUAUAAAAUCAGUUGAUGAGAAAGAAAAACAUGGCCUGGACGUGCUUAUAUCAACAGAAAAUUUAGGUAAGCUAUCAUUUUUAAGGGAGGCUGAGUUUGUGAGGUUUUGUUUGAAAAUAUCCUCCAACAUUUUAAACCGGUAAGGGUGCCUAGCAUCUAAUGUAAAAUAUAACCCUGGAAUCAAACUUUAGAGGUAUAAGAAUGAAGGAAAUUAUCACCAGCUAAAGAACCUCUCGAUCGUUUAACAAAUUCUCCUUGUCAGUACUUUAAGAAAUGUAUAGAGAACAGUAUGGAGACUACGCAUACUGAUUUUAGGGUGUAGCGGGUUAAAAAGUACAUGAGAAAUUGUGACAUUGUAACCUAGCCUUUGAAAAGUAGUUUUCAAAUGUGAACUACGACAUAUUUGUGAGGAAGCAAAGUCUUAAGUGGAUGUCUACACGAGCCAGUAUGGCCUUUCUUAAGGUCAUCCUAGGAUUAACGAGGAAGGGAGUGAUGUAUCAGUAGCCUGAGGGGAGUGACCCACAAAAAAAGCCUCUUUUUACUCAUAAUCAUCUGUUGCUUUAUUUUUACAGAACUACAAGUGAAUACAACGAGAAGACAAACCUUUAGCGGUGCAACAAUUUUCCCCAAUUUAUCGCACAGCGUCAAAAUACCAAGUGACAUUGUGAAAGAUAGAAACGACAAUGGUAAACUCAACGUUUCUGUUCUGAAUUUUUUUCUUUACGUUUUUGUGGGCUUCCUCGUGUUCUGUUUAUGGAAAAAGAUGUGCUACUCUUUCUCAGGUUCUGUCGGGAUCUCUGUCGCCCUUCUGAAAGGAAUGGCAAACGUUUUACCCAACAUUUCAAGAAAUGGAAGGUGAAAUAAAGUAAUAAAAUUAUUUAAAUAUGAGUGAUAAAACACGAGAGACAAUUGAGAUAAUCUAUAAUUGUACGGAAAGCUUCGAAAUCAAGUUGAAGCCUAAUCAGUGUUAGUGCAAUAUAUUUUUAUUACAGGGAAAAUUAAAGUCCCUUGAGGUCAAAAUCGGCAUUCAUCUCUUCCUCCCCCCCCCCCUCAUUUCCAUUUAAAUACAAUAAUGUUAAGAUAAAUAGAUAACUUUAUUUAUACAUAAUAAAAAUUUCUUCAGCACAAUCUUAGAGCGAGAAAUAUCUUAUUCUGCUUAGCUAAACUAACUAAUAAAUGAUAGAAUGUUAUAAGAAUAAAAACCUAUUAUGUCUUUACAGCUACUUUCUAGGAUGCCGUGUUUCAUUCAAAGCUGCAAUGAUGCAGUUUAUGUUUAAAUUCGCUUAAAACAAUUGUUGACCGGAGUUCAUGGGAAAGCCUAUUCCAAAACAUAGCUCCUCUGUAGAAAAACUCAUCUUUUAGUAAUUGGUGUGGGGUUGUGCGGGAGCUAAUGUUCAAUUCAAGUUCUACUCCCUAUUGCAACAAUCUGAAAUAAAUUGGAUCUAGCUACGGUCAAAAAUCUAAAUAUUAUGUUUAGAGAGCCAGAACAACUUAGUUUACUUGACAAAUCAGUAAUUAAAAAGUUUUUUUCGUCUCCUCAGUCCCUGUGCCUUGUGUCUGAACGGAGGGCAUCUGUGUUUACUGUUUUGUUCUCAUCGAUUCCCAUUUUCUCGGAUUGAUACUCAUAAAAUAAUCAAUGAUUUUCUCGUUGUUAUCCAUCUCUUAGGUCAGAUGGCAUCGACCUAAACUCUAUUAUUGUUAUUGUUAUGGCAACCAAUGUGAAUCCAGAUCAUCUCGCCAAUCUAAAGGAACCGGUCGUAUUACGCUUUGAGCAUUUAAAGGUAACAAUGAAACGAUGAAAUCAGACUUUAGCUUUCCCACCAAAAAAAACAGGCUCAGUGCUAACAGUAAACAAAAGACCUUCAAAUUUCCUUGUAAAUUAUGCUUUGAUUGCAGAAGGAAUAUCAUAACCAGAAAUGCAGUUUUCUGAACGAGACAGCUAUGUAAGUACCAUUCUGCUCAUUUAACCACGAUGAUGAGGAAAAGGCAAUUUGCAACAUAAAUUCCCGGCUAUAUGGCUUUCUAUUUAUGGCACAAUUACGUUUCUAUUUAAAAAAAUAUAAAAGCCUUAACUGUGCUCUGCUAUAUUGAAAAGCACGGAAGCGACUAGAGCACGAAAGAAGUGCAGGGAGAAACACGUGACGUAGUUGAGUGUUUCUCUCCACUUCAUGAGUGGUUCUUCUGUUGCUACUUGCCGGCUCGCUUACACCGAAAUUUCACUUUGAAUUAACGAAAAAGCUAGAGUGAAGUCGCGAAAAGGUUAGACGUGGUACAAUUUGGCAAAUAACGUGACAGCUUUAGCUCAGUUCUAUGUUUUGUACUCUGACAGGGCACGCUCUUUCAACCAAUGUCAGCGCACGUUAUAUCCGGACUUUAAUAAAAGGAGUUAACCCUCUCGUUAAUUUAUUUAUGCAGAGCUCGUUUCCCUAGAGAUCCUUCAAAGCACUGGUCCAGUGUUGGAUGCUACAGGAAUUAUUCCACAGAGGAGUUUACCAUCUGCCACUGUUAUCAUCUCACUAGCUAUGGUCUCAUCAUGGACGUGCACGGAAUUUAUGUAAGAAAGAUGGAAAAAAAUAUGUUUGUAAAACUUUCGGCUUCUUAAUUCAUUCAGAAUCUUCAGCUUCUCGGCUGUUGUUAAAACGUGUGUAGCUACAUUAGAACAGGGACUAAACUGACUAUUUUAGAGAAACUUUCUGCCAGUCGGUCAUUUAGUAACUAGGCUGCAUGGUAAAACGGUCAAUCAUUCUUGAGUCUGUUAAUGCACCAGUCUCUCAGCGAAUCAGUCGGUCAGUCACUUAAUCACUCAUUAAACCAGUCACUCAACAGUCAGUCAGUCUGUCUACCAUUCUCCUUUUCGUCUUUCUUCUGUCCAUUUGUAAAUCAGAGAGUCAGCCCUUCGGCCAAUAAGUCAAACAGGCUGUCCUUCGGUCCGUUUUUCCUAUGUUAGACUUUCUGUCUGUCUGUCUGUCCCUCUGUCAGUAAACGGUCAUUCGUUCAGCCAGUCCAAACUAGAUAGUGAAAAAGACGAGAAGAAAGCUUUCUUAGCUCUAAAUUUUCUUCCCUGUUCCACCAGCUUAGCCUAAAACAGCAAUUGUCUUCCCUGUUCCACUCGUACGACCUACAUUACAUCACGAGCGAUAAUUCAGUUUUGCUAACUCAUUGUUUUGGUAUAUUUUCAGGAUGAACUGAGCGAGUCUAACAAGGAGACACUGAUGUACAUCUCGCUGGUCGGCUGCUGCGUUUCCAUUUUCUUUUGUAUUUUGUCAAUAUUCGGAUUCUCACUGGCAAUGUAAGACAUUUGAAACGGAUUGAUUUACGUAUUUUGGAAAAGAUCUAUUGACCUCAAAAUAGUGCUGUUGUUGGUUGAAAUGAAGCACUAAAACGUUCACUUUGAUUUGUUCUUUUUGCACGAAGAUAAAAUCAUUUCACGUUAACUUCCACAGUUUUUCAAGGAAAUUUCGUAGGUGCAACGACUGCGCCACGGAUGUGUCAAAAAAUCGUGCUUAUAUCUUAAAAUAUAUUCCACGAGUUUACACAGCUACAGUUACGAGUGAUCUUGCCAAAGCUUUAACAUAUUUCCAAUCUUUUUCAAAAUGUAGUCUGUUUUAAAGACGGCUCUCUUAAACGACGUAGUUAAUGAUUAGUGUUUCUUAGUCACAAACUGUUUAAAAAAUAGAGAAAGAUGUUUUUUCGUAUUGUCACGAGCGCGGGACAAUGAAUAAAUUCUGAGUCCACGAUGAGCGAGGUCUAUUACGAAGUUCAUAUGACACGCUUCCUGUAUACUGCUAGGAUCAGCAAUGUCGAUAGUGCAAUGUUUGUAGAUAGAAAUGAGAGAGAUGGUAAGUUUUGAGCUCGGUUUUUUUCUCAGAAAUUCCUAUAAAAUUAUUGAUGCUUGAUUUUACGAACUUCUUCCAAAACAUAUCUACACGACUGAGAAUUUCACAUUUAACGAAAAAUGAAAGUCAAUUUAUAUUAACUUGAUCCAAUUUUCUUUCAUUGUGUAAAAAAGAUUUCGAAGUAAUUCAUGUCUUCCAUAUCUUUCAGGAGGAAACCACGUGAAACCAAAGCAAGGCGUGAGACAUAUCGACUUCACAUAAAUCUUGUCCUGGCAAUCUGUCUGUCACAAAUCUGUUUUGUCCUUGGCACCAUAAUUAUUUCGUUGGAUGUGGUACGUACACUAUUAUGUAUGUACGCAUGCACGCGUAUGAACAAUAUUACGUAGGUAUGCGUAUGCGCGCUCUAAAAGGGUAUGAUAACUCGUCAUCACCGAAUAUAACUCUGGUUCUGGUGUUUGCAUUAGGAGGAAUAUUACCUGGAGGGAUGUGCUUCGAUUCCUCGAACCUAAUAUUCAAUAGAUGCAAAGGAUUAAUCCUUUUUUCCUCCUUUUUUCUUGUCAGCUUGCCUGUCGAAUAGUUUCCAUAGCAACCCACUACUUCCUCAGUGCCUCGUUUUGCUGGAUGUUGGCCGAGGGAAUCCAUAUUUACAACAAGAUUGUACGCGUCUUUAGCAACAAAAAGUACAACAAAGUAUUCUACGUCCUGGGUUGGGGUAAGUUAUUUUAACUCGCUAUAUGAGAAACUAAUUUGCAUAGGUGAUAACCCACGCGUGCGUGAUUACUUAGAUGCUCCGAGGCGGGCGUGGGUUGAAACUUCGACGUUGUUGAUCUUGACUCACAAAUCGCUGUCUAGGCUUUAAGGUGCAUGCGUGAGUCUAAACGUUCGCUAUACAGUGUUUAAGUUGCACCAUCAUGCGCACUGAGUAUACGCAGUUAUGCGUCCAAUCUAUACACGUUCGCAAAUUCUACUCCUUUACAUCACAUUUUCACUGCCGCACUAAAAUCUAGGCGUAAGUUAAAGUAACAGUUAAGACUCACAUAGAAAUCCAUGCUGCCAAUGCCUACCCCAGUUCCCGUUGCAUAACGCGACAAAGAGCACUAAGUCAACCACUAGAUUGAAGGUUUGUCCAUUGUAGUUAGCCUCCCUACCGCAGUCAAAGGGUAUUCAUUUCUAACCCUGAGUGAGAAGAAAAAGGAAUGUGUACCUAUGACGAAGUCAUUCCUCUGUUCUUUUAUAAUCUUCCAGAUGAUUAGGAGGGUAGCGCUUAUAUCACUCGUUCUUACUUAGCACUGUCUUGCAAAAUCUGGAGGAAAAAAACUUACGUUUAGUUCGUUAUGCAUCUGGCAAAUCUUUUCUUUUCAGGUGCACCGAUUCUUCUUGUAUCAGCCUCUGCAGGACUAUCCUUCUAUGAAUACGGACCGCACAACAUGUAAUUAUUUUUCAUCUUAAUUUAUUUGUGUUAUUUGAUGUAUGAAAUCAUAUGAAAAAGCGUCCCAAACAAGACAGACGGUGACAAGGCUCUUAUUUUAAUUUUUCCGGCCCUAAAAAACCUAAGCCGUAUUUGAUGCACCUACUUUACACCAGAAGUGAACUGCGCCAAGACAAAUUAAAACUUCUUACGAUCAUUCACAGAAAAAUGCUUGAAACUGGCUACAGAUGUCCUGUAGCUUGCGUAUUCACCUCACCAGAAGGCGAAGUGUAUGUCGUUAAUAUGCAGAGUAGGGGGCGUGCGUUGGCGAAGAUAGUCAUGUAGAGUUCAAAUUUGAUUCAUCGAAAGGCUUGUUAACUCAUAUAGUGAUUCGAUUAAAUAAUUGACGGUAUCUGAUUUUUCCGUUUAUUUUCAGCUGUUGGUUGUCUGGAAAACUAAUUUGGGUUUUUGCUGCACCGGUACUGGCUGUUAUUGCGGUAAGUAAUUUCAUACCGCGAUAGUUUAUCACUGGACGCUUUUUAUGAGUGUUCUAAUCAAUUAUUCCAAGCGCGUGCGUUGGAUAUGAGAUGAUAGAUGGGCAACGACGCCCGUAGGGUUGAGUUGGCAAUAGUCGUCUCAAAUCCAACAAGCGCGAGAGGAAUAACUGUUUUAUUAAAAACUUUCCAUAAUAUAUACACACGAAACUUCCCAACUUUACCUUGUAAUAACAAACGAAAUAUAACAAUACACAUACCAUAGUUGUAGAGCAUUGUAUAAUGGCGCAUAACUCAUGAUGGCUAAGCCAAUGAAAACCCUCGAAUUGCAUUAUCCAAUGCUCCAGUUUUUAAUAACAUAGAAUAUCCCAUGAGUCAGUUGUAUUUCUAGGUAUAAGUGUUAGCUAAUACGCGUGUGUCUAUACCCUGAAGUUGCAAGUGACGAGUGGCGUGCUCCGUGGUAUUCAACUAAAAAGUGUUACAUGAUUAUUUUAUAACAUGCUAUAGCAAACACAACGGUCAACCUAAUCACUGCGAUAUGCACCGCGCAGACUUCAAUUUGAAUGACUCUAACGCGGGUCCUAUUUUCUGAGGUCUCAGUGCCGCUUGCUAAAUUUUGGCCCUAACAAGGCACACACAAUGGGACGGUUGGGUGUUAUACCCUCAUAUAUGUAACGAUUCUCCUGAAUUCGGAUUGAUUGCAUUUUCUAUAGCAUAAUCAGUAAAAUUAUGUUACGCAAACAAUAAAGCUUAAACCACACAGACAUUAAAAUUAAUUGUUUAAUGUUAUUAUGCCUGAGAAGUCUUUGAUAGAAGUAGAGUGGAAUAAUGUUUGAAAAUGGAAUAAAAAAAGAAAAGAAGAUGUUCUUUGUUUUGUCGCGAGCGUGGGAGAAAGAAAAAAUUCUGAGUCCCCACGAGGAGUCGAACCUCAGACCUUCGGAUUUCCGCGCUCCGAUGCUAUACCACUGAGCCACAAAGAUUCUAUGGUGAGCGAGGCUCAUUACAAAUGCUCUAGUUUGUGUUUUCGCCAGAGAAAAUUAUUUUCCGAAUUUAAAACAAUUGCUGACUUUUGUUCUUUUUUUUUAAUUUUAGAUUAACUGUUUCAUCCUGGUCAGCGUUAUCUACGUUUUGUUGAGGAAGACUAUGGUAAAAGCUGGAGAAGAAAAAUCCGCUAGGAAAUCAAGCAUAAGGUAUAUAAAAAGAAAUAACCUUGAACUUACCGCUUGAACUAUAUACCUUGUUAAAGUAGCUGCAUCGUUAUAAUUGAAGUGCAAGUUUUCAAAAACGCUAUACUCGAACUUGGACAAUUCCAAACGUACCUUCGUCCCAGAAGUGGACAAAACUGAUUCCCUUCUCUUUGGUUUUUGUACAGGCGCAGUGUUAAGGUGACAGUGGUGUUGCUUCCUCUACUUGGCCUCACUUGGGUGUUUGGUUUCAUGGCGGUUGAUAAGAACACGAUCAUCUUCCAUUACAUCUUCGCCAUCGCCAACUCUUUACAGGUAUAAAACGUGAACGGCAAAAUUAUUCCUUUGGUUAAGAGGAAAAGUGUUUAUCUUGUAACUCGCUUUUACGAACAAUGCAAUUACAGUCGACUCUCGUUAUUGCGGACACCCACGGGGGGGAGAGUUAGAGUCCGUAAUAGCGGGGUAAGAGAGACAAAUUUUUUUUGUCUCUAAACAUAUGAAAUAAUGUGUAACUACGGAAACAUAAAGUUUCUAACGUGGCCUCAUGAACCGGAAAAGGAUGCGGCCGCAAGCAGGACAUUUUCAUGUUUGCACCGAAUUGAAGGAAUAAUUUCUUUAUUUUCUUUUAUCGGGGGGAGGGGGAGGGGGGCUGGCUCUUGUCUGGAAUAGCGGGGUGUCCACAGGGCGAGAGUCGACUGCAUUUUCAGAUUAAUAGAGUAUAUUAUCAUCAUCAUUAUCAUUAUUAAUGCUAUCAUCAUCGCUAUCACCGUCUCGGGCGUCGUUAACAUUAUCAUCAUUUUUAUCAUCAUCACCAUCAUUGGCAGAACUAUUAAAUAUCAUCAUCGUUAUCAUCAUCAUUAUCAUCAUCGUUAUUAUCAUUAUCAAUCACUAUCAUUAAAAGCCCAUUUUCACCCUUGAUGCAACGCGCGCCGCGACCUAUUUCCAGUAACACGAAAUUCCUCGAUUAAAAAAAAACCUCUUUAAAUCUUCUUUCUCAAGAGCCAUCCUGGACAUAUGGUCAAUUAUUUUACGGUAAAUACAUUCGCCGUUCAUCACUUUACAGUUUCUUUGCGGUAGUUUUGAAUUUAGUCCGUAUUAAAUCAAUGGAUUCAUCUAAUUCUAUACCGGAAUAAAACGUGUAGUAUUGUUUUCAACGGAAAAACGAAGAAGCUAGUUUGAGACAACGUGGCAAGGUAAAAAUAACUGACCAAUCAGAGGCGCUAUUUCAACAAAAGUGGCGGUUCAAAACAAAAACGGACUAUCGCGUUGCAUCAAGGUUGGAAAUGGGCCUUUAACAUUGUCAGGGUCGCUUUGAUUCCAUAGUUUAGUAGGUUUAAUCGUGUAUUUAUGUAAGAAGAGUUAGCAUAUUCUAUCAAAGUGAAUGAACAAAUCUACUGUUGUUAGUUCAGUGUAGGAGCGGGUUCAAUGGUAAUAAAAGCACGCGCAGUUUCCUCAUAACUAACUGUAUAUGUAACCGUAUGAUCCCUUUUUCAGGGAGUUUUCAUUUUCUUUGCGCACUGCUGGAUAAACGAAACGGUAAGAAUUACGAGUAAAUUACGAAACGGUAUACAGCACUAAGUAUAGUUUUGAAACUGAGGUGCAUUUCAUUCGUUAAGACCCAAAUGAAACUAAACGGCAUUUUCACAAACAUCUUCAUUCGCGGCAAAACGCACGUUACCAAGUCUGAUUGGUGGGGAGAAUUUGAUAACUUUCGUAAACCAAUCACAAAGGGCAAUGGAGAAAACCUGAUGAACUCAGUCAACAGAAAAUUACUCGAUUGAAAAUACUGUAAUCUGUGGUUGUACAGUCUUAUUUCCUGAAUAAAAGUGUUCUAAGAAAAUCAACAAACACAAUAAUAGCUGCCGAUCCAGGAAUUUUCAGAAAACAUUUUUUCACACCAGAGCUUACAUAGGCUAACUUAUGUUUCAAGACAAGUUGAUUUAUAAACUUUACUUUGAGUAGUAACACACAAUUCAGCUAUCGUUGCAAGAAUUUUUGUAUUGGGCAAACAAUACGAAAAGAAAAGAUCUUAUGGAAAGGGGAGGAAGGGGUGCGGACCCCUUACACCUUCCCCCUGGAUCCGCCACUGAUGUUGAUUCUUUUCCAAUCUCUAGGUACGCGAAACUCUCAUUCAGAAAAUGCCAAGUUUCAGCUCAAGAAGGAAGUAUCAUUUAAAGGGAAAAGCUGGUGACACUCGAUUCAACAGUGUAUCACUUGAAACAGCCACACCAACGACGACCUCUGUCCGACUCGUGACAACAAACUCCCGACAAUUCAAGGAGCCACCUUCGUUAAAACUUGUGAACCUGGAGCAGGAGCUAGCGUCGGCUCAGCAGAUGGAAAUCGAAAACAACUCGGUGAGCCUCACGAACCUGGCGAAGUUACCGCCGAGGUAUGCCGACAUGCUCGUCGACGCUCCAGCCUCGAAGCUUUUUAGUGUAAGCAAGUCUCCGAUGAAAACUACAUCUUCGGUGAAUCUCGUGUCUCCUAAUGAGUACCCGAUUACAGCGAAAGAAGCUUACUGCAACCCAACGUACGCAUAUUGGAAUGGUCGGAACGAUUCUCAUUAAACUGCGCUCGAUCAUAAAAAGGCUAUGUAAAUAAUAUUGAGUUUAGUUAUAAAUUGUUCUGUUUCCUUAGAAACAUCGCACUUAUGGAGGAGUUAUUUAAACAAAAUAGUUGUUCAAUAACAGAUUACCUAAGCAUAAAAAAAAAACUGUAAAAAAUGACGAUUGCUGCUGCGUAAAUUUGAUCAAUGAUUGAGCAAAUCGAUGACAACUCGGUGAGCCUCACGAACCUGGCGAAGUUACCGCCGAGGUAUACCGACAUGCUCGUCGAUGCUCCAGCCUCGAAGCUUUUUAGUGUAAGCAAGUCUCUGAUGAAAACUACAUCUUCGGUGGACCUCGUGUCUCCUAACGAGUAUCCGAUUACACCGAAAGAAGCUUACUACUACCCAACGUACGCGUAUUGGAAUGGUCGGAACGAUUCUGAUUAA